CCCUGAGGUCUGAAACCAAAAACCUCGGACUCAGGUCGAGAAGAUGGAGUUUGAGAAGAGGAAAGCUGCCACUUUAGCUUCAAUCAACUCGCCGGAACCGGACAAGUCUCCGAAAGGCAACAUAGACGCCCCAAUCCUGCCACUACUCGCCGCCAUCAACUCUCACCCUUCAUAUUUCACCACCAGCUCUUGCUCCGGCCGCAUCUCCAUCUUUGCCCACCCCACCGCCCCUUCAAAUAACCCCAAGAAGGCCAAAGGAGGGACAUGGGUCUUUAUCUCCCACGACCCAGUUGAUCCCGACUCCGUUUUACCACUCCUAUUUGGGACCGAGUUGACUCAGUCUCCUGUCUCCCACAGCCUGGUGUUCAGGUUUGAGCCUCUGAUUAUCGCCAUUGAGUGUAGAGACGUGGAGGCAGCUCAGUCGCUGGUUUCCUUGGCGAUUUCGUGUGGGUUUAGGGAGAGUGGGAUUACUAGUGCCACUAACAAGAGAGUGAUCAUUGCUGUAAGGUGCUCGAUUCGAUUGGAGGUGCCGCUGGGAUAUAGCGACAGGAUAAUGGUGUCGCCGGAAUACUUGAAGUACCUCGUUGAGCUUGCAAAUGAGAAGAUGGGCGCUAACAGGAAGAGAACUGAUGGCUUUCUUGAUGCACUGUUAAAAAAUAGAUUUUUAGAGCCUCAGAUUAGUAAUGGAAAGCUUUUGGGCAAUAAUGAAGUGGAUUCUGAUGAACGUUCAGGUUUUCUCGAUGGACCCGAGUCAGAGUUCUUGGGAAAUUCUUCCAGAGAUGGCAUGACUAGCCAUAAGAAUGAUGAAAAUACAUGCGGAUCAUCAGCAGUUUCUGGUAUCAACCCAUCGGAGAUGCCAAUUGCCGGAGAGUCCAUUGAAAGGCUUUUCCUCUGGGGUCACUCUGCUUCUGCAAUGGAUGAUGCAUUUGACAAGAGGGUUCUCGUUUUUGGUGGGUUUGGAGGUCCAGGUAGACAUACACGGAGAAAUGAUCUGCUACUUCUUGAUCUACCAAUUGGCAAGUUAGAAGUAGUUGAUGUUCAGGAAACCCCAUCAUCUCGUUUGGGUCAUACAUCUUCCAUAGUAGAAAAGAGUAUGUAUGUAAUUGGUGGAAGAGCUGACCCAUUAACUAUUCUGAAUGAUGUGUGGGCUUUUAGCAUUGCCAACAAGGAGUGGAGACUUUUACAAUGUUCUGGAAGUUUAUUCCCGCCAAGGCAUCGGCAUGCAGCAGCAGUGAUUGGCUCAAAAAUAUAUAUAUUUGGAGGAAUUCAUAAUGAUGUAAUAUUGUCGUCACUACAUGUCCUUGACACACAAGCCAUGACAUGGAAUGAACUAGAAGUUAAAGGGGAAUUGCCAUGUCCCCGUCACUCUCACUCCAUGGUAGCAAAUGGGACUCAAUUAUAUAUUUUUGGGGGAUAUGAUGGGGAGAGACCUCUUGGAGAUCUUUAUAGUUUUGAUACUAAAACACUUCUUUGGAAGAAGGAAAAUAUGUCUGGGAGACCACCAAGUGCAAGGUUUUCCCACUCUAUGUUCGUCUAUAAGAACUUUCUUGGUAUUAUUGGAGGAUGUCCUGUUAGUCAAAGUUAUCAUCAGUUGUCAUUGAUUGAUUUGCGCUUAAGGCAGUGGAAGCAUGUUGUCGUCAGUUUCUUAGGCAAGGGCUUGUUAGUUCGCAGCACAGCUAACGUUGUUGGUGAUGACUUAAUAAUGAUUGGUGGUGGGGCAGCAUGUUAUGCAUUCGGUACUAGGUUCAGUGAACCAAUGAAAAUAAACUUGCUUUCUUUGAUCUCUGAAGUUGAUAAUUCUAUCAAUUCAGACCAUAUGAAUAGGUCUGUCGAUUAUCAGCAGGGAGAGGGAAUAGAAACCAAGAAAACUAAUUCAUCGGUGUUCUCCCAGAAGGGAGUUGAAAUGGGUCAAGAUGGAGGUAUGGAUAAAAGUGCUGACCCUAGAGAAUCUGGUGAAAAUGACGGAAAACAUAUUGUUGCCUCCUGUUGGGUUGUAAGACUAGAAAGAAAAUAUGCAAAACUGGUGAAAGAUAUUUUAAAAAAUUUUGGGUGGUUGGAUCUUGGAAGAAAAGUUUACUCCCAGGAUGAUGGAAUGCAUAUAUGUUUUCCUGUAACAGAAAAUUUUUGCUCAAUAUUCCCUGAUAAGAGACCCGGCUUAGGUGAUGACAUUAAAGAAUCGGAUGAUUUUGAUUCUUCAAAACCAUUUCUUGAAAGGGAACAUCUUUUAAAAGACAUUUCCAGUUCAACAGCCUUGAAAGUUCUGAUGGAAUGUCAUGCAACAAAAAUUGAAGAUGAAGUUCUAAAAGUGAAAAAGGCCACACACACUCCCUUGGAAAUAAUGAAGGAAGCUGUAGCCUCUUUAAUCAGUCAAAGAGGACUGCCGCCACAACUCUUAGAGCAACUACCAUCAAGAUGGGAGCGAUUAGGUGAUAUUGUGGUACUUCCUAUCACAUGCUUCAAGGAUCCAGAAUGGGACUCUAUUGGGGAGGAGCUUUGGUGUGCUGUUGCAAAGUCACUUGGAGCUCGUAGGCUUGCUCGACAAGGCAGAGUUUCUCCAACUGGCACGAGAGAUAGUACUUUGGAGAUCCUUGUUGGAGAUAAUGGCUGGGUAGAUCACCGUGAAAAUGGAAUUUUAUAUUCUUUCGAUACUAGCAAGUGCAUGUUCUCGUGGGGUAAUCUCUCUGAGAAGCUGAGAAUGGCUCGCCUUGACUGUACAAAUGAAGUUAUAGUGGAUCUAUUUGCUGGUAUUGGAUAUUUUGUGUUGCCAUUCCUUGUGAGGGCUAAUGCCAAGAUGGUCUACGCUUGUGAAUGGAACCCCCUGGCUAUUGAGGCUCUCCGUCACAAUCUUCAUGCUAAUCUUGUAGCUGACCGAUGUGUAGUACUUGAAGGAGAUAAUCGAAUUACAGCACCAAAAGGUGUUGCUCAUCGUGUCUGCCUUGGGCUCCUGCCAACGAGCGAGGGCAGUUGGGUCACUGCGGUGAGAGCAUUAAGAGAGGAAGGUGGAAUAAUGCACAUCCAUGAGAAUGUGAAGGAUUCAGAAGAAGCCUCGUGGACGCAGUAUGUUUCACGGUCAAUCCAAGAGAUCGCCCAAUCUGAAGGCCGCGCCUGGGAGGUAUCAGUAGAACACGUGGAGAGAGUGAAAUGGUACGCUCCACACAUUCGCCACCUCGUUGUAGAUUUAAGAUGCAGAUCCAAUGAUGAAACGCCACAAGUUACUUGAAGGUAUGUUACAGAAGAAGUUUUGCCCAAUCUUGAUUUAAAUGCUCCCUCCACGUUCUUAUUAGAGCUUGAUACUCAGCCUCACUGUUCAGAACAAUGUAUUGAAAUCUCUUUCUCCACUAUCAAUAUUGUAACAAAAUUUUUGAAUUAGUUAUUAAAUUAAUUGGUAUUUUUGGUUAUCAA